ACACAGGAAGUUUUUAUAUGCAAGGUCUCGGAGAAAUCUCGAGCAAUUUUCGUGGGUAUUAAGAAAACAUGAGCGAAACCACAGCCAAUUGGAACCAUGCUAACGAGAUGUUCGUCCAAUCAGCUCGACAGCCUGCACAAAGCGGAAGUAUUCGUCUUCCCGGCGAAAAAGUAAAGCAGUGCGGAUUUGUACUUCAGUAUGGGUUUAAAGUUUAGUCUUGAAGUGAAGUCCUCACGAAGAACAAAACUUGUGUAUGAAACAGUGCAACUCGUGGCAUGAAAUGCGCAGCGGAAGCUGCCCACACCUGGUGAUAACUGAAAAAUAGAAGACAAUGCCAUACUUGGGGUCUGAAGAGACAGUAAAGGAGCUGAACAGGGCCCUGUCCAAUCCCAAUGUGCAGUCAGACAAGCUGCGCUAUCGAAAUGUCAUCUUUAAAGUCAUCAAAUACAUGACACAGGGAUUGGACGUGUCUCCACUUUUCAUGGAAAUGGUGAAAGCCAGUGCCACAGUGGAUAUUGUCCAGAAGAAGCUGGUCUACUUGUAUAUGUGUUCUUAUGCUGCACUAAAGCCUGACUUGGCCUUGCUGGCCAUCAACACUCUGCAUAAAGACUGUGCUGAUCGUAACCCCAUGGUCCGUGGGCUGGCACUGCGCAGUAUGUGUAGUCUCAGAAUGCCGGGGAUAACUGAGUACAUUCAACACCCUAUUCUCAUGGGGUUACGAGACAAAGCUGCUUAUGUAAGAAGAGUUGCUGUUCUUGGUUGUGCCAAAAUGAGGAACUUGCAGCCUGAUGUUGAAAUUGAUGCCGCUUUAGUGAAUGAACUGUAUGGCCUUUUGCGAGAUCCAGACCCAGUUGUAAUGGUGAACUGUCUUCGGGCACUUGAAGAAAUGUUGAAGCAGGAAGGUGGCGUGGUUAUCAAUAAACCAAUUGCUCAUCAUUUACUCAACAGAAUAAAAGAUCUGGAUCCCUGGGGUCAGAGUGAAGUCCUCACUUUUUUACUUCGCUAUACACCUCGCACAGAGGAAGAGCUGUUUGAUGUUCUCAACCUGCUUGAUGACUCCCUGCACAGUGUACACAGUGGAGUCUUGGCUGCCACAAUCUGCCUCUUUCUUCGGCUGUCUUCUGCUCACCCUGCAGUACAGGCCGAUGUUCUGGAGAGGGCUCGGGGUCCUCUGUUGUCUGCUUGCACUGCUCAAUGCAGAGAGCUGCGUUUUGCAGCAUUGUGUCACGUACAACAAAUCCUCCGCAGCUUACCUAGUCUAUUUGCUGAACAGUAUAAAAAGUUUUUCUGUAGCUACUCGGAGCCCAACUAUAUUAAAUUCAGAAAGAUGGAGAUCCUUAUUGAGCUGGUGAAUGACAACAAUGUGGCUGUUAUUCUCGAGGAACUACGAGCUUACUGUACUGAUAUUUCUCCAGAGUUGGCACAAGCUGCUAUUUUUGCUAUUGGGCGCAUUGGACAGAACUAUAGUGAGAAAUGUAUGAGUAUUUUAACCAGCCUUCUUGGAUUGAAGCAAGAGCAUAUCACAUCAGCUGUGGUGCAGAUGUUUCGUGACCUGGUUUGGUUAUGUCCCCAGUGCACAGACUUGGUUUGUCAGGCUCUGGUGGAUUGUGAGGACUAUAUCUUGGACAGUGAGGUAAUCUUUCUGUUAUUAAAUGGAUGAAAAUGAACUGUGGAU